CUAGUGUCUAGUCUCUAGUGUAAACACUAAACACACACACACAUAUUCUCUUUCCCAAACUGCCCUUCUGUUUGUGUGCGUUGGAUGAUUUGGUCCGUUCUCUGUUUAGAGGUUGCUGAAUCACUUUCUGGGCUCCAUAAAAUUACUUCAUUUCUGUGAAGAUACAGAGAAUUCGUCUUCAUUUUCUCUCUCUGUAACUAUAACUGUUUCCUGGACCACUUUCUUUCCGACCUUUCACAUGAUGGAAGCGACCCCGGCGACGACGACGACGGCGGCGGCGGACGAUUGUUGUGUGAAGGUAGCGGUACAUAUACGACCCCUUAUCGGAGAUGAGAAGCUUCAAGCUUGUAAAGAUUGUGUCGCCGUCGUACCCGGAAAACCCCAGGUGCAACUUGGUACACAUUCCUUCACUUUCGAUCAUGUCUAUGGAAGCUCUGGUUCCCCAUCCUCCGCCAUGUUUGAAGACUGUGUUUCUCCUCUUGUUGAGGGUUUGUUUCAAGGAUAUAAUGCUACUGUUCUAGCUUAUGGCCAGACCGGUUCAGGAAAGACAUACACCAUGGGAACCGGAUUCAAAGAUGGUUACCAAGCCGGGCUUAUUCCACAAGCCAUGACUGCUUUAUUCAACAAAAUCGAAAGCUUACAGGAUCAAACAGAGUUCCAGUUGCAUGUUUCCUUCAUCGAGAUUCUAAAAGAAGAAGUGCGAGACUUGCUGGAUACUAAAUCUGAGAUAUCAUCAAACGGGCAGAAUGGGAAAGUGAAUCUUCCAGGAAAACCACCGAUACAAAUCCGGGAAACUUCUAAUGGUGUCAUAACGCUUGCUGGAUCUACUGAAUGUAGCGUUAAGACAUUAAAAGAAAUGAGCGAUUGCCUUGAACAUGGGUCAUUGAGCAGAGCAACAGGAAGUACAAAUAUGAAUAAUCAAUCAAGUCGUUCACAUGCAAUUUUCACAAUCACACUUGAACAAAUGAACAAGACAAUCUCGAAUGAUUCAAUGUGCGAUGAAUAUUUGUGUGCCAAGUUGCAUUUAGUUGAUCUUGCUGGUUCAGAAAGGGCUAAAAGAACAGGUUCUGAUGGUAUGCGGUUCAAAGAAGGAGUUCAUAUUAACAAGGGGCUUCUCGCACUUGGAAAUGUCAUAAGUGCCCUUGGUGAUGAGAAAAAACGAAAAGAAGGUGCUCAUGUUCCAUAUAGAGAUAGUAAACUUACUCGCCUUUUACAGGACUCACUUGGUGGGAACAGCAGAACUGUUAUGAUAGCUUGUGUUAGUCCUGCUGAUAUAAAUGCUGAGGAGACUCUCAACACAUUAAAAUACGCAAACCGGGCUCGAAAUAUCCAGAAUAAGCCUGUGGUGAAUAGGGAUCCGGUGUCUAGUGAAAUGUUAAAGAUGCGCCAACAACUAGAAUGUUUGCAAGCAGAACUUUGUGCUCGUGGUGGAGGUUCUAGUGUUGAAUUACAGGUUCUAAGGGAGCGGAUUUCUUGGCUUGAAGCUACUAAUCAGGAUCUGUGUCGCGAACUUCAUGAGUAUCGCAGCAGAGGCAUCGCUAUUGAUCAUCAAUCUGUCGCUAAAGUUGGUGAUUCCUUUUCCGUGAAAAAUGAAGGGCUUAAAAGGGGUUUGCAAAGUAUCGAUUCAUUAGAUUAUCAGAUGAGUGAAAGUGGCGAUUCUGGUGUGAUAGAGGAAGAAACAGCAAAAGAAUUGGAGCAUACACUUCUCCAAGACUCCAUGGAUAAAGAGUUACAUGAGUUAAAUAAACGAUUAGAACAGAAAGAAUCAGAAAUGAGACUUUUUGAAGGAUCUGAUACCAUGACUCUUAAGCAACAUUUUGGAAAGAAAUUAAUGGAACUUGAGGAUGAAAAACGGGCAGUCCAGAUAGAGAGGGAUCGAUUGCUAACUGAAGUUGAAAACCUUUCUGCUUCUUCAGAUGGACAAUCACAAAAAAUGCAAGAUUUGCAUUCCCACAAAUUGAAGUCUCUUGAAUCACAGAUUCAGGAUCUUAAGAAGAAACAAGAGAACCAAGUUCAGCUUUUGAGGCAAAAACAAAAGAGUGAUGAAGCAGCAAAGAGAUUACAAGAUGAAAUACAGUUCAUCAAGGCACAAAAGGUUCAACUACAGCAUAAGAUAAAACAAGAGGCUGAACAAUUCAGACACUGGAAAGCAUCUCGUGAAAAAGAACUACUACAGCUAAAGAAAGAAGGAAGAAGGAACGAGUACGAAAGACACAAACUGCAGGCUCUUAAUCAACGUCAAAAGAUGGUUCUUCAACGAAAGACAGAAGAAGCUGCAAUGGCAACCAAGAGGCUAAAAGAAUUGCUAGAAGCCCGCAAGUCUACCCGUGACAAUUCAUUGACUAGCAACGGGAAUGGAGCAAAUGGACAGAAUAAUGAAAAGGCAAUGAAGCGUUGGCUUGAUCAUGAACUUGAAGUGAUGGUGAAUGUACAUGAAGUUAGGCAAGAAUAUGAGAAACAAAGCCAAGUACGGGCUGCACUUGCAGAAGAGCUAGCGGUUCUUAGACAAGUUGAUGAAUUUGCUUCAAAAGGUGUUAGCCCUCCAAGAGGAAAGAACGGUUUCUCUAGGGCAUGUUCUUUGUCACCAAAUGCAAGAAUUUCAAGAAUAUCUUCAUUGGAAAAUAUGUUAAGUAUUUCAUCAAAUUCACUCGUGUCCAUGGCUUCACAAUUAUCCGAAGCAGAAGAACGGGAACGCGGUUUUGCUAACCGUGGAAGAUGGAACCACCUCCGGUCAAUGGCAGACGCAAAGAACUUGCUUCAAUAUAUGUUCAACUCUUCGGUAGAUUCAAGGUGUCAAUCAUGGGAAAAGGAUCUCGAAAUAAAGGAAAUGGAAGAACAACUAAAAGAGCUCGUGGGGUUACUCCGACAAAGUGAGUUUAGACGAAAGGAAGCCGAGAAGGAGCUCGCUGUCGCAAUCGCAUUGGCUUCGUCAGCUUCAGGAAACUCUCAGUCUCAGAAUUCAUUGAAACACUUGGCGGAUGACAUGAGCGGUCCGUUAUCUCCGAACUCCAUUCCGGCACCUAAACAGUUGAAAUACACGGCGGGAAUAGCCAACGGUUUAGUGAGGGAAUCGGCGGCGUUUCUAGACCAGAAGCGGAAGAUGGUGCCGGUGGGGCUGAGGAAGGCAGCAACAGGAGGACAUUCUGCGGGGAAACUAUGGCGGUGGAAGAGGAGCCACCAUCAAUGGCUACUUCAAUUUAAAUGGAAGUGGCAGAAACCAUGGCGGCUGUCGGAACUCAUAAGGCAUAGCGAUGAAACGAUGAUGAGAUCAAAGAAUCGAUCAUUGGCACCCGAAGUCAUGUAUCAUAGACACUAA